AUGGCUGAGAUGUUGGACGACCUCAAGACAGACACCAGGUUGACGCUGUCCACCUCACAGGCCGAAAAGGGUUCUCAGGUCCACGUCCAGGUGGGACAACAGAAGGUCGUUGCUAACGGCGCAUUCGGCGAGGCCUUGGACGUGUACGGUGACGCGGCGACGGCUCAGAAGCUAGGAUACGUUCACAGGGGUCUCAAGGCUCGCCACCUGCAGUUCAUCGCACUCGGGGGCACCAUCGGCACCGGCCUAUUCCUCGGCAUUGGAUCAGCUUUUGCAAAGUCGGGCCCUGUGUCCGUCGUCCUCGGAUUCUCCUUCACUGGCGUCGCCGUCUAUUGCAUGAUGAUGUGCCUGACGGAGAUGACGACGUGGUUACCUCUCCCCGGUGCCAUUCCUCAGUACUGUUCUCGCUAUACCGAUCCGGCCAUGGGCUUCGCCGUCGGCUGGAACAACUGGAUCCUCUGCGCCCUCGGCCUCGCCGCCGAGAUUUCGGCUGCCGCGGUCCUGGUGCAGUUCUGGAACGACGAGAUCAACCCGGCCGCCUGGAUUAGUAUCAUUAUCGUCGUUAUCGUCUGUCUCAACGUCUUGGCGGUGUCGAUCUACGGCGAGGCCGAAUUCGUCUUCGCCAGCCUCAAGAUUGUUACGAUCGUCGGUCUCCUGAUCAUGGCGUUCAUUGUGGACCUCGGUGGUAGUCCGUCAGGAGACCGUCUGGGCUUUCGUUAUUGGUACAACCCUGGACCUGCGAUGAAGGAGGUCGUGGCCACCGGCGGUGCGGGACGCUUCCUCGGGCUGUUCUCGACACUCGUGUACGCGGCCUUCUCCUUUGCCACCGUCGAGAUGGUCGCCAUCGCCGCCGGCGAGACCGCGAACCCGCGGAGAAACGUGCCAAGGGUCAUCUCACGCGUCUUCUGGCGCAUCCUGAUCUUCUACGUGGGAGGCUCGCUUCCCUGCGACGACCCGGACCUUGGAAGUGUAUCGCCCUGGGUCAUUGCCGUUAAUCGAGCCAACAUCCGCGUUCUCCCCAGCAUUAUCAACACGGUCAUGAUUACGUCGGCGUCCUCGUCUGCGAACGCCGUCCUCUUUCUCGGCUCGCGAUAUUUAUUUGGUCUGGCCCAAAUCAAUCAGGCCCCUCGCAUCUUCCUCAAAUGCACGGACAAGGGUAUUCCGAUCUACGGCGUUGCAUUCACCGCUAUCUGGAGCUGCCUGGCCUAUCUCUCGGUUUCCGCCGGCCCGACUGAAGUCUUUAGCUGGCUUCUGACCAUCAUCACCGUGGCCUCUCUCUUUACCUGGUGUAGUAUUUCGAUUUCUUACCUACGUUUCCGCCGAGCUCUGGAAGCGCAGGCUGUGGAUCGCAGCAGUCUCCCUUUCAAGUCCCCUCUGCAACCCUACGCAGCCUGGGUUUCCCUGUGCUUCUUCAGCGCCAUACUCCUGUUCAACGGCUGGGAAGUGUUCACCAAUGGUAACUGGUCUGUCAAGGGAUUCCUUUCCGCCUACGUCGGGGUCCCCAUCUAUUUUGGUCUCUAUCUCUUCUGGAAAAUCUUCAAACGGACUCGCCUCGUCAAGCCUGGGGAGGCAGACCUGUUCACAGGCAAAGCGGCCUUGGACGCCCAGGAGUGGCCCGAGACGAAGCCGAGAAAUUUGUUGGAAAAGAUUUGGCUCUGGUUAGUCUAG